UUGUUGUAUAUGUACAGCUUCAUUAGCCGUUGGCUGGCCACUUCAACUACAUCAAUCCAAAUGACCCUUUCUCCUUAAAUCUCCUAUAGCAUCUAAGAACCUUCCACAACGCUCCAAAACAAGCAAGCCAUAGCCAACAUACUUAAAGUCAAAGACCGUAGAUAGCCAAACUCCCAUAUAGAUUCUCCUCUAUAUAGCCCCAAGAGUUUCCUAUAGGCUCGCUAGAAGCUUUCACACACAUAUUCUUAGAAGAAAGCUCGUUAUGGACUGCAUAAUUUUGCCAGUUGCAAUAUUGAGAAAGUGUUAUUCGGGCUCACGACUUGGCUACCGGCAGCUGACGGAUGAUGUCUUUGGCAAGUCUGAUGAUCCGGUGACCGUCGUGGGGAAGGAGAAGAGGGAAUUUUUGGUUGAGCCUUUUGUAUUAGAAGAAAGCCCUUUCAGGGUUCUGAUUGAUAUGGUGAAGAAGGAAAAUAUGGGAGGAGUGGUGUACAUGAAGGGAGCUAAAAGAGUGAUAUUUGUGGAUGUUGAUGCAAUUUUGUUUGAGCAUAUGUUGUGGCUGAUGCAAAAUGAUUGUUCUUCCUUCUUUCAACUUAACCUCAAAGAGAUUAUUGACUUCUAUGCACAAGAGAAUUAAUCAGGGGUUCGCUAUACAAGCUAGUCAUGAAG